AUGGAUACUUCUGGAUUUUUAAGUGAUGAAACUCAUCCACACCAACCUGAACAAGUUAUUUCCGAAGAAGAAUUGAAAGAAUUGGGUGAGGUAUUUGAUAAGAUCAAGACACAUUUCCCACCUGCCAAAGUCAAGAAGAUAAUACAGACCGAUGAUGACAUUGGUAAAGUAUCACAAGCCACGCCGGUGAUUGCAGGUAGGUCGUUAGAGUUCUUUCUUGCAUUAUUGGUGAAGAAAAGUUAUGAUGUUGCGAAGGAGAUGGAGUGUAAGAGGAUAAGUGGGGAAGUUAUGAAGCAAACGAUACUCCAGGAUGAGAAAUUUGAUUUCUUGAGGGAACAUAUUUGUGGAGAGCAGCCUACUGAGAGGGGAGACGAAGAGGAAGAAGAAGAAGAAGAAGAAGAUUGA